CAUGGUUUUACGUUAUGCUCAUAGCACUCGACAGGUCAUUUGAAGUUGAUCUUUCGUGUAGUUAACAUCGUUCGGUUCCUCCAGUCAGCGGACGUAGCAGACGCGAACUCUACCAUAUACGCAAAAAGACGAUACUAAAAAAUCCCAAAAUGGGUUACACUCUUGGUACAGAAGAACUAUCAAACAAAUCAAGCGGUUUAUGGCGAGCGCUACUGGCUGAGUUUGUUGGCAUCUUUAUAUUGAACUUCUUUGCCUGUGCCGCUUGUACGCAUGCAAACGGUGACAAAACGUUAAUUUCACUUGCAUUUGGACUCAGCGUUUUCAUGGUCGUGAUGUCGAUCGGUCACAUCAGCGGGGGUCAUAUCAAUCCCGCUGUGACGGCCGGAAUGUUAGCAGCAGGCAAGGUAAGCUUCAUCCGUGCUUUGCUUUACGUUACAUCCCAAUGCGCUGGUGCCGUGGCGGCCACAUCUGCACUAGACGUACUGAUACCAAAAACUUAUCACAACGGGUUGGGUAACACCGGUCUGAAGGAUGGCGUCACGGAGAUGCAAGGCGUCGGUUUCGAAUUCUUUCUCGGAUUCGUACUAGUGUUGUGUGUGUUUGGUGUUUGCGAUGACAACAAACCGGACUCCCGCUUUGUUGCCCCUCUGGCCAUCGGUUUAACGGUGACGUUGGGUCAUCUAGGCGUUGUAGAAUACACCGGAUCGAGCAUGAAUCCGGCUCGUUCCUUCGGAACAGCCUUUGUGACGGAUAGUUGGAGCCACCAUUGGAUUUACUGGGCUGGACCGAUCGUAGGAGGUGUUGCAGCGGCUUUACUUUACAGCCAGCUGUUUAAGGCACCGACCUUUAACAAUGCUUCGGAGCGCUAUCGUACUACUGCAGACGAUAAGGAGAUGCGUCGAUUGGAUGGUAAGAACGACAUACCCUAAAAAUGCAUCCCUGCCGAUUGUUACGUUUGAAACAACUUCUGUGCGCUUCCACAUGUGAUUUUUUGCAAGCUCACCGAAGAAGUGCAAGUCGAACACCUAAGCAUUUCGUGUGGUACGUUUCUACUAACUGUCCUCAACUGUUAAUUCGUUCCCAAUCGUUUAUGUCCACGGAUUUUAGUAUUCGUUCCGCCUAAUCGAAACUUCGUCCGAGCAUUAGGUUAAGUGCUGUGCCGCUUCUAAUCACCGUUGGUAAUUUGAUAUAUCGCGAGAUGUACAACAAGCUUACCACAAAGUGUGACUAUUAAUAAACGUUUUUAAUUAAGUAAUGAAA